AUGUCACUCGCAAGAACGUUGACAACAUUUUGCAUCGAUGUAUCCCCUUCAAUGGGUACAACAAGAGUCAUUACGGAAGAAAUUGUGACUAGAGAUGGAUUUGGAGGGAAUGGCCAAACUCGAAAAAGAGAAAUUUCUGAUCUGGACUGGACGUUGGAAUUUGUGUCAAAGAAAGUACAAAACAGUAUUCUCAGCGGCUUGAAAACGGCAAAAGUUCAUCUUGCAUCGUUUGGAUCUUCGCUAACGGAAAAUACACUUCUCAAAGGGAAUCCAAAACUUCCCGGAUACCGUGGGGUCAAUGAGUUCGUUCUCCCAGAACAGCCUACUCUGCAUACAUUGGAGCUUGUGCGAUCUCUCAGGGCAGCAAAGAAAGAUGAAGAUCCUUUUCCUGCCGACCCAAUGGACGCUUUGGUCGCUGCAAUUUCUUCAAUUUGCGACAAGGCUGUCAGUGGAACGACUGAUACGUGGACUCGAACCAUUUACAUGAUCACAAAUGCUAUGGGCGAGAUGAACACAGAUGGAUGGAUUGAUGUCCAGAACAGAAUGAUCGAGCAAAAGAUCAGUCUCAAGGUGAUUGGAGUAGAUUUUGACGACGCGGAAAUUGGGUUUGAACAAGAGGACAAACCGAAGAUUAAGGCAAGAAAUGAAGCAUUCUGGCAUGAAUUCGCUGAAGAGUUGCCCGGAUCCGGUGUUGCCUCUGCUGCUCGAGUGAUUGCAGAAGCAUCUUUACCUGCGGUGCAUUUACAAACCUCAGCGCCAUUUAAUACAAGUCUUUCAUUUGGUGAUCCCACGAUGCGCAGUGAAAGCGAUGAAGUGAUGGAUAUCUCCGUCAAGGUAUACAAAGCCACCACUCAAGCUCGACCGCUAUCGCAAAAAAAGUUGAGCAAAGUAGCGCAAGACAGUGCAGCAGCCCGACGUGAAUCAGCACGUCAAGACGCUGCCUCCAGUCAAAUGCAACCAACGAGUACGCCAAAUUAUCGUAAACGUCCUUCUGAUGAAAGUGGUAAUGAUGUUACGUAUGGCGUUCAGCUGACCAAAAAGUACUUUAUCAAAGAAGACUUGGAUAAUGUGGAAGGAGGCAUCAACGCUGCUGAGCCUCUACCGGAAGGCGCAGAGUUGACGUUUGACCGUGCAUACAAACUUGGUUCUACUUUGGUGGCCAUCAAUGAUGAUUUGGAACGCAAGCAAGACACACGUGCAGGUAUUGAGAUCAUUCAGUUCAACCACAAGUCCCUGUACCAGAGGCACUACCAUAUGGGUGAGACAUGGUUCGUCUUUGCCAGUGAUGGCAACAGCAGAGCAGAAUUGCAAAUGUCAAGCUUCAUACAUGCCAUGUGGCAACAAGAAAAGUAUGCUGUCGUCCGAUUUGUGAGGAGGGACGGCGGAGAGCCAAAAUUGGGUAUCCUCUCGGCACAGAUUCGCCAAGAUGAUCUCGGUUUCAAUUUCGAGUGCAUGUUCCUUGUUGAAGCGCCUUUUCGAGAGGAUCUGAAGAGGUUUACGUUUCCACCGCUAGACCGAGUGAUCAAUCGUGAUGGCCAGGAGCUCAGAGAGCACAGUAGUCUUCCUUCCCAUGAAAUGCAAGAGAAUAUGGACAAUCUUAUUGAUUCGAUGGAUUUGAUGGACGCAGCAGAGGACGAAGUUGGCGAACCGAUGCCAUGGUUUCAAUGCGAUACAAGUUACAAUCCCGCAAUCCAUACGAUCAAAGAUGCUGUAUCGUGGAGAGUAUUUCACCCGGAAGACAAAGCGUUACCGAAACCUCAUCAAGAGGUCACAAAAUACUUGACGCCUCCAGAAAAGGUUGUCAAGCGAUCUACUCCCCUGUUGGAAAAAUGUCGAGAAUUGUUUGAUUUGCAAUAUGUUCCUACUUCAGCUGCUCGUCGAUUGGCCAGCCGUCAAAAUGAACAACGCAGAGAUCCAAACGUGGAUGAAGAUGGUGCGCCAAAGGAGAUCGAUUUGGGCGGAGUGAUGGAUGAAGAAGUAGCGGCAGAGAGUGCCUUGCAAGGAGAAACACAACAAAGCGAUAUCGGUCCAGGUGAAAUUGAUGCAAGGGUGCACGUCAAGAAUACCGCUGGUGAUCAGGCUGAGCCCGAAGAAGGCAGCGAAAAAUCUCGAGACAUUGUAUUCGAUGGAGAGAAUCCUUUGGCAGACUUUAAGAAGAAGCUUGGCAUUACCGAAUACAAAGUUGAAGAUGUGAUGGAUGCAAUGUCUCGCUUUGUUACAGUGACGAUUACCGACAGCUUCGGUUCCAACGAUUACGCCCAGGCUAGAGAUCUUUUGAUUGCAUUCCGUGAACAAGCGAUCGAAUAUGAGGAGUCGUUGAGGUUCAACACCUUUUUGCGCACGUUGAAAAAGAGAGUUCUGGAUACCAACGGUAAGGGGAGGAGCAGGUCAGACUUUUGGGAUAAUUUUGUUAGAGGACGGGAUGAUAUGAGCUUGAUCAGAAAUGAUGAAGCGAUGGGAGAAGAGACAGGCGUAAACGCCAAAGAAGCGAGCGAAUUCAUCAAUUUGUAA